AUGAACGAAGUUUUGAAAAAUACCCAUGUAUUUGUGGAUGUACUACGUAUGGCAAGGAGUGACGAAGUGAAGCAAUGGGACGAAAGUGCCUUCGAAAAAGCUUUCAAAUGGGCCGGUUACUUUGAAGAGGCAAGUUUACAUGUUCUAAAUUACUGUGCUUUUAUAUGAAUACACGCAUUUUGAUCAGUUCUUUCUUAUGAUCUAUUGGACAACAGAUGCGUAGAUGACGGCACCAUAAAAAAAUUUUGCUUUUUCAUUACAUAAAAAAAUGGAGGGUCUGUACAGUAAAAGAUCACAGAAGGCGUCAAAAUGUGGUAAGAGCAUCAGUGAUACUCGACCAGCUGUAUCUCCUGUCCUUUUUCCUGUUUUUUUUUACCACAUUUUGUCGUCAUUUGCCAUCUAUUACUGAACAGAUACGCAGCAUCAUUGAAUCCAUUUGUUAAUGUGAUCAGAUUUGAACUGUCAUUAUCUAGUUAGUUUCUUAGAAAAUAUCAAUGAUCUACCCUGUACAAUUUGGCAGGAGCCGGAUUUGUGGGGGUUCUAGAACCAUGACCUAGCGGUCAUUUACUUGUGCAUAGCAUACACAGCACACGUUUCCACUCAAUGACAUAUACGUAAAAAUUGCGUAUUUGUUAAUCCCACUCUCCAUUUUGUCUGUCUUAAACGAAAAUAUACUUGCUGAUCUAUGUGUAGACACCAAACGUUGUACUGUCAGAUUAUGGCCUUUUAAAGCACACAAGUAUUCUCAAAAGAAAUUUACUGGAAAUGAAAUAAGUGAUGAGAAUUGUGAUAAAUUUCUCAGCUGGAAGCUGUCUUAUUGAGAAAACAUCAAAUUCUCUGAACUAACUUACAAGCAAAUGUAAGCAAGUUAAAGUAGAGUUGUUCAUCAGAUAAUGGAAAUUUGGAAUUCUUUGGUAAUUAUUUGUCUCCCUGUCUCUUUGUCAGGUUUAUCAUAAGUUGCAGACAAAGCCUUCAUUAGCAGAAAAACUGGAUAAAUAUCUUGAUAACUUCAAUAAAUCUGGGCAAAUACACCUAGGAGAUCUUAGAUUAUCCUUGGCAGUUCUUGAUAAAUCCAAGUCCUUGCUCAGAAGGUUUCUACUUCAAAAUCCUCAUUUGUCAGAGAGUCAGUUCCACCUGACACUCAAACUAUAUGGCUUAACUGUAGGCGAUACACAAAAUUCUACCGACAUUUCGGACUUUCUCACUGACUCUUUCCACUUGAGCCAAACAAGAGCUGCUGUACAACUGUUGUGUAAAAUGAGGGAUAGGUUGACUGAAGAUAUGAGAUCUUUUCAAGGAAAACCAUUAAAGAAAUGUGACUCAUCAACUUCUUCGACAAGUCUAAUGGAAUUUCCAGGUUCAAUUACCUCGGCAGACAUUUCCAUGAAUGCAGCUGCACAUUGUUUAUUCAAGCAUGUUCAGCAUCAGUUAAAAUUUGGACUCAAAGGUAAUUUAGUAGCCAUUCUUAUUUAUGUUUUGAUGUUUUUAAUGAAAUUAUCCAAGAUCUUGGUACCACUUGAAAACCUUUUUGGAGUUUGAGAAAAAAAAAUGGCAUUGGUUAACCUUUUACUCCCUGCACUGUACUCAAUACAUGUACCGCUGCAUAGUCUUAAUAUUUUCAUUCUUUAAUUUUUAUGACCUGAUGAUAAAGUGAUGUAAACAUGUGAAAAAAAUAUUACAAAUGUUCCACUGUUGCCUUUCUCUUCUCCAUGAGUGAGUCUGGGAGUGUGAAGUCUUGAGAUGUCAUGAAAGUCAUAAAAACUAUUUACACUGUGCCAGCCACUGGGAAUUAAAAUUUUACCUCUGGCAACCAUUUUUGAUUGUCAGUCACUAAAACCUUGGGCUUGGAACACUGUAAUAUUUCAUAUUAAGUAAGUAAUUAGGCAGGUUCUGUACAGAAAUAUAGAUACAAAGCAAGAGUAGUUGCCUCAGUCUCGUGAUUAUUUGUUUUGAUGUUUGUAGAUGUCAGCAAGAACAAGAGAGUCCUCUGUGACAAGCUGACAGAGCUAGCUAAGCAGGACAAUGGACUGACAAGCAUUAUUGCAUCACUGGUUUUGACUCCAGAUGACUGUCAGUCUACUCAAGACUCCGAGACUGUCACUCAGCUAAUUUUGGAGUGGGUCUUGGGUAGGUGUUAAGCGAAGGCAUCCAGAGGUUGAGAUGGCAGAAUUAGACGUAAUAGUAUGUGAAAAAAAAAAUGAGAUGUGGAAGUUGACAUCCAAAAGGUAGUCCUUCCUGGUCAAACCGUAAUUUGGAGGGUUGUUUUAUGUGCAGUGAGGGGUAGGGGAAAAGCUGGAAUAAGUAUGGAUCAAGAAUAAGAAAGAUCAACUUACUCAUGGAGGUGCUGGUCUUAUCUAAAAAAAAAAGGAAUACGGUCCAUUCAGUCCAAUUCCAGGUUUUGUUAGUGUUUGAUUUUCCAAGCUCUUAAGGGGAAAUAACAAAACUGACAGCAGUAAAGUAAUAGGCUUGUCCAAGUGGUAACUACCCAUACUUUGGAGAAACAGGUUGUAUGUCUGGGAACAAAACUGGAAUGAGUGCUCUUACUAUUACUGUGUCUGAUUUUGAAAUUUUUAUUUGAUCACGCAUUGCAAGUUGUGAACAAACUUUUAUUAAAUCUUACAAAGUUACAAAUUAUAUUGUAACUUUCAACAGAGUUCUUUGCCAGAUGCAAACCAGAUCCUCGUUUGAUGACCAUCCCUCCCCACAUACUCACCAGAGUGGCCUUUAUGUAUCCUGCCUUUUUUGAACUGUACUUGUCCCAUCUGCUGAGCUGGGCAGAGAAUAUGACCCCCUAUGUCUGCAGCAACGAAGAGAAGUGUUGCACUCCGAGAGGAAUUCAGUGGAGGUAAGAAUCUGUUGUAUGCAAAAAAGUGCCCUACCCUUGCUCUCACUGGGUGUCUUACUUAAAUUUACUAAACUCGUUCAGUGUCAAUAUUUUAUUUCUUUUAGGUCUGGUUAUCAUUUUAAUCAACCCGAUUUGUCGCAUGUAGUGACUUCCGUUUCAUUUCGGCCAAUGAGAUUUGGAACCUCUUCCCUCCCCCCUCAGUCCAAAAUUACCUGCAGAAAACCAUAAAUUUUGUGCGUUUUACAGGCGAUUGGAGACAAACGCGCGGCGAGCACGAAGAGCAAGUAACGCAAUAAGGGAAGAGCUAAGAAAAUUAUUUUUAAUGGCGUUCCUACCCCUCGUGCAUGACUUGCACCUCGCGCUCUCUUCAUUCUUGUUUCCGUUUCGCCCGAAAAACGCAUAAAAAUUGCGCCUGUUUUACAGGCUUAAAGGAAACGGACCCUCAGAAUUAUUUUGGGGUUUAUAUCCGCUAGCGGGGGAGGGGGUAUAAAUCCGCGGUGUAUAAAGCUGCGGGGUCCAAAUCCGCUGUGACACUAGUAUCUCCUAUUAGAGAGUAAUUUCUAUGGAUCAUUUCGGUGAACGAAAUUGCGUUUAUCUCGAUUCCUGAAGAAAUAAAAACAGUUUCAAAUUUUCUGUAAUGGGGUCAUUUCGUUUCUUUCCUAUUUCAGAUACCAGGUCCAAGAACGUUCGGUGAGACUUCAAGCCAUUGAAAAUGGACACCUUGCAUUUACAAAUCUCGCUGAUCACCUGAGGCUUCUAAUAACUGGGCCUGCGUCUGUUGCUGAUGCAACAUACAGAGAACUUCAAUGUCGGUUUGCCGAGAGAGAAUCAGUAAUUGAUAGUCGUCGAUGUAGAAAUACUCUUGAUUCACUGAAUUUGAACAUUUGGGAAGACCUUGGAGCUUUGUUACGUUCAAAUACAAACUUCUGACGACUGUGGCAAGUUAGCGAACUUAAAAUGCGUUUUUCUUUGCUGACUUUUCUUGUUUUUCCUUCAUCUUUGUCAUAGGAAAAAUACUAACCAAGAUUUAUAGUAAAUAUAAAUGCUUUCUCGCUAACUUCUGCGCCAAACAAACGGAACAUGGUUGAAGUUUUAGCGUUUAUAUUGAACUUUCUCAUUGCAAUUAGCACAAUGAAUAGUGAUAGUUCAUAGCUUUACCUUUUCUCUAGUUUCAAAUGUUCCAUCUUUCAACCGAGAAACAAAGUUAUUAGAAAUUAGACAAUCAUUAACUCAGGUUGUUAACCAGCAGUAAAAAGCCUUUCGAUUUCCUUAUCACUGAUGGUUCUCAGAAGUUUUGAGACCAAUCUUCCGUUGAGUGUCAAAAGUAAUCCGAGAUUGUAUUGGUUUUGCUUUACUUAGCACUGAUUGGUUUAGGAAAGUCGCGAAACUUUCUCCACCAAUCAAAUGCAAAACUAAUACCAAUCACAACUUGGUUGCCCGCGUUUUCCCGCGCUUUAGGCAGUUUGGUUGUUUUUGCCUAUAGUUCUCAUGGGCUUUUGAGGGUAUUUUUCUGUCUUCUGAUUGAAUGUUGUAAUAACGUUGGUUUUGGUUCAACGACACUGAAUCGAAAAGCGCUAUAUGUGUAGAUUUAAUCAGAAGUAUAAAAUAUCCUUGGAAUUUCUCGCACCGCACACUUUGAGGAAUCAUCUGAACUAGUUUUAAAUAAAAACAAGCUUAACUAG